UCGUGUUAUCCAGUAUUGUCGACUGUUGUCGACUCGAUACUUCGGUGUUUUCACUUCAAUUUUCGACAAUUACACAUCCUAAUUACGCGAUAAUCCCGAGCAAACGAUUACCGGGAAGGUAUCCUCGGAAAAACUAAAACCAGUGUCUCACCGAUAAAAAUCAUCGACUCCUGGAGCAAUCGCGUUCUCUCGGAAAAUUUUGUGUUUCAGUGAUCAGUUAUGUGAAAGACAACAAUGGAAAAACAAACGUCUGAUAACCCCUGAUAAACGUGAAAACAACUUCCACGUUUUCCCUUUCUUCCUCGGCCUUUCAUCCCGGGUAAAAGGAAAUCUAGGAAAAAAAAAUUCCUCGGAGACGACGAGACGAGAGAUGCUGUUGGCACUCGGCCACCGACGUUUUCACUCGGGAAAUUGUUGGAGGAAAUUUGAUUGAUAAAACGGAUACCGAAGCAGUCGUGUAAAUUGCCUGUUGGAUCCCGAUGAAGCGAGGAAGGCCCCCAAAUUGCCAUGCAUUAUCCAUCACCACGUCAAUCUUCGCCAUCAUACCUGGGGACCUGAUAAAAAAAGAAUAACCCACCCUAAAUGUACACCCGCCUGAUACCCGAUGACAUGGCAGCCACAGCCAAACACGAGGUGCGUCCAAAGUUUCCAGGUGACCCAGGUGAAGAAGACAUAGCAGCAAUAGCAAAACAAAUAAGCGACCACGCAGAGGCAAUCUACCAGACCUGGAAGAGUCGUGGUCUAGCCCCGACAGAAAUUCUCACCUGUCACAGCAAUGCAACAGCAGCCGACAAAUUUGGCAGUGCCCUGACCCCCUCGACCCCCCAAAGAAGUAAAAAAUUCACCACCAUCAAGGGAAUAAUGACAGGUGACAUCCCAGGUAAUUCCCACCACCAGGAGACAGACUCUGGUCUCGAGAAACUCGUGAAUAAUUUCGUAGUCGAGGACAGGGCACGUCAACGCUCUUAUUUGUCCAAGACACUGCCCUCGUCGAUUCAAUUUGCCCUGGAGAAAUUCGAGAGGAACUCCCAGGUGAAGCCCCAGAUCCAGGCGAAGCCGAAGAUAGUGCCGAAGCCAUUGAUUUUGUCAGGUAGCUCUGAAAUAUGUGAGACUAUCGAGACAAUUCUUCCAGGGGAUGCACCAAAGAGACCCCUCAGCGUUUUAUUGGCAUCACCGAAGCCUCAGGAUGAAUCUCUGAUCACCAAUCAGUCACCAGGAAUGACCACUUGGCCCCUCAAGAAUAAAUUAUUCAGUGAAUCGACAUCUGGAUGUAAAUCCAAUAAUUCAGCCACUGCUUAUCUCGAUGAAGUGGCGAGGGAAGAGGAGAGACUCAUCAAUGCUCUCAAGACUGGUGCUGUCAUCGGUGAGGAGUCGUCAGCACCCAGGAAAUUGCAGAAGCCAGCGAUUAUCAAGGAGAAGCCGAAGCUCACGUCUAAUGGAAUUGUUGCUGAGCAGGCCAUUCAUUUUUUACAGCAGAAGCAAAAAAUAUCAGCGAAUUAUCAGGAUAAGGAAGGAAGGGAGGAGGUGGUGGUGACUAGGUGGGGCCCCAGGAUCACCUCACCCAGGAGCAGGGCUGAUCAGGUGCCUCAUCCUGAGCUGACUAGUCAGCAGAAGCAGCACAUCAGGGCGGCGGCUGCUGCUGCUGCUGCUAGUGAUUCCCAAGGAGUUGUCAAUCCUGUUAGACCGUUUUUGACGAGGGGAUCGGUUGCUGAGAGGGUUCUUAUAUUUGAAAAGUGCCCCAGUGAACUUUUGUUGGAUAAGAGGGGACCCAGGGCAACUCCUGGGGGGAAUAAUGUCAGAAAUGGAGGCACUGAGGCCGUCAAGACUCAGUCGUACGUCAGAGAGAGGAUCCAACAGCAGCAGUCGAAGGUCCUUCCACCUCACACGACCCUCCAACGUCACGUAAAAGCCAACAAAAACGUUCGUAUCCCUCGAUUCUACUUCCCAGGUGGCAAGCCAACUCCACUCUCCCAGAUCGAGGCGACAAUAACCAAGAUCACGAAGGCAUUUGAGAGUUUGCCAGGUCAUCGUGCCACGAGAGGACAAUUUCACGUUAUUUCAAAGGCAUGCGAUUUGCCAAUUUAUUGGAAAGUCCCCCUGUUCCUGGCUGCUGGUGGGGACAAGAGUUCCAGUGUCGAGAUGAUGGGUUUUAUCAAUUUCUGGAGGGAAGUUUGCAAGACCCAUCACGAUUCUGCUAGCAAAUUCGUCAGGAUCAUGACCAGGGGCGCGAGGGACUCCAUCCUACCGGAGGAUCUUGUCUGCCUCAUCCAGGAUGUCGUUGAAACACAUCCAGGACUCACUUUCCUCAAGGAAGCCACGGAAUUCCAUUCUCGUUACGUUCAUACGGUAAUCGCUCGAAUUUUCUACUGCGUGAAUCGUAGCUGGAGUGGAAAAAUAAGUGUCUCCGAGGUACGCAGGAGUAAUCUCCUGGAGAUAAUAGCAAUUCUUGAGCACGAGGAGGACAUAAACCAAGUGACAUCGUACUUCAGUUACGAGCACUUCUACGUGAUUUACUGUAAAUUCUGGGAGCUAGAUAGAGAUCACGAUCUCCUUAUCGACAAGAUGGACCUGACAAGGCACAACGAUCACGCCCUGUCGACGAGGCUAAUCGAGAGAAUAUUCAGUGGUGCUGUAACACGUGGUGGUAAGGGACGUCAGGCCGACGAGAAGAUGACGUAUACCGAGUUCGUGUGGUUUUUACUUAGCGAGGAGGACAAGAAUCAUCCAACAGCUGUGGAAUACUGGUUCAGGUGUAUGGAUCUCGAUGGUGAUGGCUACUUGUCCAUGUAUGAAUUGGAAUACUUUUAUGAGGAACAGCUGCACAGAAUGGAGGCCAUUGGAAUGGAAACUCUACCUUUUGAGGAUUGUCUGUGUCAGAUGCUCGAUAUGAUUCAUCCUGAGAUACCUGGGAAAAUAUCCCUGAGAGAUCUCAAAAGGUGCAAGAUGACAUCCAUUUUCUUUGAUACUUUCUUCAAUCUUGAGAAAUAUCUCGAUCAUGAGCAGAGAGACCCCUUUGCAUCCACCAGCAGGGAUCAGGAUGCUGAUGGUCACGAGAUGUCGGACUGGGAUCGAUUCGCUGCUGAUGAAUAUGAACUUCUGGUGGCAGAGGAGAGUGGGAAUGACCAGAACGAUCAAAUGCUGUACGAGCCAGCAAUGGAGGAAGACGCGUUUUCUGUUGAUUUGGAUAGUAUUACCUCUGACCCAAAUGGUCACAGCAAAACACGUGAUUGUUAUCCGAGGGACUACGACAAGUGCAAUGAGUCUAAAGGACAGAGUUACGAUAGUGGUGACAGCGAUGAUUACGCCGAGAGUGACAACUGAUAAGUGGAAUUGAACAGAUCGACAAAAUCUGCAUGAUUUUUUUUUUUGUCUCGAGGGAUGAGUGAAUGCCACUUUAUUUGCAGGUGCAAUUAUUUUUUCUUUUCUCCAAAAGUGUAAAUAUCUUUUGCCAGCAGCGAGAGCCACUCGUGUACUGAUAGCCAUUUUUUUUUUACUUUCGUCAGUUAUUUCACUGGAUUUUAUCAAUUUUUUUUUACACUCAAAUGUUUGAGAGGCUUUUUUUCUAUUAUUCUUACUGUUACGAGGAUUAGUUGAUUUUUCAGGUGAGAGUUGAGUGACAUUACGAUUCUAGUCUGACGCAGCGUGCGUAUAUUAUAAAGUGAAUAUAUCUUUCGUAAUAAAUGAAUUAAUAUUAAAGUGAAUUGGAAAAGGAUAUUUGGCUUCUGUUGAGGAGUGGGGGAAUUUGAUCUUGCUGUUGUAACAAGAGGAGAAUAUAUUUUUGCUAACUAUCCGGGGCUCGAGGGAAGUAUUUAAUCAUUUCAAUACCGAAGUGGUGAAAUAGGAUAAGUACACUUUUUUCGAGGCGAGUUUUUAGCCGAUAUCUCGGAAUUGAAGGGGCAUAGCGAUUUUUUUGUGGAAACAUUUUUUAUAGAAAAUUAUGAGAGCUGGA